AUGCCCCACGCCUUUUUCUCUCCAGAGCGCUCGGCCACUGCCCGCCGCGCUGGCCGGCGGGACGGGCAUGAGACGGUGUCGCCCUCCCCGUGUCGAGUCUGCGAGACGUCGCGAUGCGCUGGCUGCUUUCGUUUGCACCGGCGCUUGGCGCUGCUGGAAGAGCAGAAGGCGGAGCUGAGCUCAUAUGCGGCGGCGCAGCGCGAGGAGUUGAAGUACCUGAGGGAAAGGCAUGAAAGGAGCUCUGUGCAUGAGCGUGAGCGGCUGGAAGCUGAAAAGCAUGGACUGCAGGAGAUCCUGGAGUCCUUCCGCACAGGGGCAGAGCGGCAAAAGAAGAAGGAGUGGCAGAAGGAAAAGGAAAGCCUUUUGGCGGAGCUGGCGAAGGCCACUUCUCAGGUGAAAGCCUUGGAGGAAGAAGAAGAGAGGCGCAAGGACAAGCUCCACAGCAGCUCCCUGCAUGCCCAGCAGCUCCAGGAUGAACUCCUCCAACUGCGUCGCUCUCUCAACGCGCUCCGCUCCACCAGCUCGCGCGGCCCACCUUCACCGCGGUGCCGGAGCUCCGCAACGGCGCCGAACGGCGCGGAGCUGCAGCUGUUGGUGGAGCAACGGAAGUUGAACAGCGAGAAGCUGCAAGGGGCGCGAGAUGACCUGGAGAAGUUGCGAAGGGACUUGGCUGCCAUCAGUGCAGACAAUGCGCAGCUACGCUCUGGACUGCACUCGGUGAUGGUAGGCUUGGAUGAGAUUCAGCGUCGGCUGUGA